UCAAUUGGUGAAUUUUUGUGGUUAUUGUGUACCUCACCCCCUAGAGGAUAUGAUUAACUUUGAUAUCCAAAUGAAAAGAGGUUCAGCUAUCGAUGCCUUACGUGAUGGACUACAAUGUCUUCAUGAUUGUUUCAAGCAUAUGAAACAAUCGUUUAAAUCAGCAGUGAAGUCAUCUAGAAGUACAGGAAAGUAAUAAUAAUGGAGGAGAUUUUGGAUUCCCGCCUUUACGCUUUCUUCCUGUUACUCCAUCUUUUUGCUUCAAUUUUUGAUUAAGCACCAAUUAUUUUCUUUCCUCAAUUUUAUUAACAACAAAAAUAGAAAGUGUACAGAAAAAUUUAUUCAUCAAAUGCAUUUUUUUUAAAUGCCUCUAAUGAAACUAACUGUACAAAGGAAUACAAAUCAACUGUUUUAAGGAUGAAUGUGUUUUUAGAAGAUGAAUAAAACAUUUGAUCA